UGUCUGCCUCUUGGGAAAGGGCACCUGGCGGCCAAGCAGCUUUGACGAGCACUUUCAACAUGCCUUCCCUACUCAUGCGCGUUACUCGAUUCCAGCAGCAUCGAGCGGCGCCAUGUCUGUUCACACCAUUUUCCUGUCUUCCUUCCGGGUUACACAAAGUCAACCUCAUAGGGCUCAAGGCUCGUUGUCGCAGCCUACCCCGGUGCGCUGCUGUACAACAUCCUUUUAUCGUCACAGUCUCCAGCGCUACCUGGUUUGAUUCUCCCGACGGGACCGCUGGCUCAACACCGCUUGUCCUAUCAUAAAUGCAGUGGAAUGCAACAAUCGGGCCGUAAAAUGGAUAUUCGAAAGUGGCUUGCUGAGACCGAGAGUCCAGUCCGGUUCAAGCGACCAGAUGUUGAGCAUUUCCUCCUGCCAAAGCAGCCUGAUCCUGUUCCACAUACAAGACGAAGACAAAAGUGCAGCUCGUCAGACAGCUCGCUACUCGAAGAGCUUCCUUCACAGUCGCGGCCUAAAGAUAUCUCAACACUGGAGAAACCCAGAAAUGAUGUCCGAGAUGCCGUCGAAGUCGCAUGUAGCGUAGCAGCUCACUCUGCUUUUAGUAAUUCUGUGGGCAGCAGUGCUGCAAGGCAACGUUAUGCGCGACAACCUCGCCGCAAGAUACGCCCGGGUAAAUACGACACUCAGUCAAAGAAGCUGAAGGAGCAAAAACAGACGUUACACUCAGACCGUGCGAUCGGUUCCAAGAAAUCGAAACAGAAAUCCAAGCAAAGAAGUGACGGGAAACUACACAACGGUAUUGGUCAUGAGUCUUUGGCUAGAACCAACUCCAAGGAUCGGUUGACACUGAAGCCGCCGGACAAGACAGGGCUUUUCAGCAAUGGCAAAAGCUCGGCUUCUGUUAGGGGCCGUGGUCUACCCGAUCUAGUCUUCUCUGAGAUGAAGUUUUUACGAAACGGCCAUGAUGAGCAAGACUAUGCUGCACAACCCUCGCAAACGAAGAAGAAGCGCAAGAUGGAUCACACACGGAGAAAAGAAGAAGACGUCUCUGCAUACUUCACUUCGGCGCGACCUGCAUUGGCAGAUACUCACGGAGGUGCUGUACCAAGCAGCACACACUCGCUAUUGAUGUCAUCUGCCGCAGUAAGGCCCAGUCGUCCAGAACGAGCGCGAGAACUUGGCGUAUCCGAUGUUGCUGUUCAAACAAAUGAGUCUGAAGGUAACGCGUUGUACCCAAUGACUGGUCGUGGGGGACCCAGCCAUGAGAGCAGCAGCUACUUCUCAUGGUCAGAUUCUGUUCGCGCUCCCAGUACUGCGCCAGUACAAGCGAGAGAUCGGCUCACGGUUGGAGGUAGGCGGUUCGAUAUAUUGAACCGGGAAGUCGAGGAGGUGCAGCAUCACAGACACAGCCAGGCUCGCGAACAGAUGCCCGCUUCAGUUAGUUUAUUUGGCAUCAGUAGUGCAGAAAAACCCAAGGUAUCAUCGAUAGCUCCAAAAUCCGUAGGCCUUGCGAGGUCACCAUUGUCGCUUCAACGGUCUCCUUCUCUCCAGCAAUCAGGGCUUAUCGAUCGAGCCGCUUGCCACUCAGUUGAACGCGCUACUUCAUCCUCCUGGAAGCCGCCACAUUGGCAGACUCAAAUCAACGCCGAGGGUACAACCCUCCCCAGGGUCGGGCGCUCAGAUCAGACGGCUUAUACAAACGAUAAUGCACCGUCAGCCCAGAGACGAAUCUCUAUCGAUGUUCCCAACUGUCCCUUAUCAUACCAGAGUCUGCAAUGCCCAACGGAUCUAGACGAAGUACUACAGUAUUAUAACAAUUCGUCCCUGGCGGUGUCUCAGCAAGUAUCAUCGCAAGAUAAUCUCGACAGAGUCUGUCCAGCCUCUGGCCCCCAAAGCACAGCUCAGCAAGCUCGACGUGUUCCCCCUCGAGUGACUGCAUACGCGCCUACAGCACGAUUUGACGUUCCAAGUGUGCAGCAAUUCAGUCUGCCGAACUUCUCUGGCCCCAACUCCUAUGUAGUGCAGGAACAGCAGCUUGUGCCAUCACAGCUUGAUGUUGGCAAAGGCAGUGAUUGCCAGGACACGGGUAUCACUGAUGAUGCAGAUACAUGUGAGAGCGAGAUGUUGGACCAGGGGAGCUUUGAGGGUUUCUCGGGAGAGUCAAGUCUGGGAGAAGUGGUGGAGGACAUCGACGAUGGACUGGUAGGCGUAGUGGAUCAAGUCGAACAGAGGCAAGAGCCCGAGCAUGCAAAGCUGUUGGGCCGGGGUUUCUGGCGGCCACAUAGACUGUAUUAAACAUUUGAGGUUCAGGGACAGACCGCAGGCGAGCGAUGCAGACUGCAGGUGUGAUGAUACAGACUGCAGACGCAAUGAUAGAUGACAGGCGUGGCUUCCCCACGCAGCGACUCAGUGAG